AUGCUUGAUAUACUGCCCGCUGAAACUGUACUGCUCAUCCUAUCAUUUGCUCCGUUAUCGGCUCUGGUGAAUCUCGAAGUCGUCUCGAAAGACUGGGCCGCGUUCUACAAGGAGCACCAUGUACAGAUCUAUCGAAAUGCAGCUGUCCUUCAUGGCAUAGCCCCUUCUCGCGAUGCUAGCCUGAAUGAAGCUUUGGAAGGGCUUGGUGGAGAUAUAUGGGCCAACGAGCCUGUGGAGGAUUGGAAGGAGCUAUGUCGUCGCCACAUACAGUUGGAGAAUAACUGGCAAGCUAAACAGAAGUCGCGGUCUAUCGCGCGCAUCAUCGGGUCCGCUGGCGAUACGGUGCAUCGCAUCCAAGUAGACGAGAAGGAGGGCAUCUGCAUCACCACAGGUACCACCGGCGGACUCAGGGUGUCUGCUAUUGGCUCUACGGCGAAGAGAUCUUCACCCCUGUGGGCACUACCGAGUCAAUACGUCCGCCGGUAUGCACACGUCGAGUACGAAGCUGGUUAUCUCAUCUUCGACCGGUUCAGCGGGGACAAGGAAGUAUGGCGACUGAGAAGCACCAUGCCAUUCGAUGGCUCCGACUACGCCAUUCAUGUACCCCCAGAUGAAGUCAUGCUGCGGGUCGCGGACUUUGUCACGCAUACGCAGGGAAUGCGAGGGCGUGGAGAGUUUGCGCCGUGGGCAUUGUUGACCAUGCCCGAACUGACGCUCGCAUACCACUAUGUCCACCCAACGCUUGCGGUAGCAGGAAGUUCGCGCGUCUUCCUCACCGAAAUGCCGACGGGUGCUCAACGCGAGCUCCCCAUCAUUCAGGACAAUAUUCACUACAUAGAGCUGAAUGAUCGCUAUGUCGUUGUUUGUGCCCCAACGGUCGUUCGAAUAUAUGCGCGCGACGGUGAACAGGCAGGUUCUGGCGUGCCCGUUCUGGAGAUACCUGCGGCGACCGCGGGGUCGAGAGUCGCAAACGUGCAGCUUUCUCACGCUCCGAUGGACGAGAUGAGCGAAAGUAAACUGCUUUCGCGAGUGGCGCUACGGGACUGUGAUACAGGUUCUCUCAAUGACCCUGAGAAAUGGGGAGGAUGGGCUCGUGCAGACCGCCAGAGCAUCAUCGCAACGCACCUCUCAACGGACGGUCGCCAUAUAAUCAUUCUCAACCAACGCGAGCGAGUGAUAUUCGUGCAAGACUGGGAGCGUAUUCUCCGCGGCGAGGCCACUCUGAAGAAGUGCACGCUUGUUGUUCGCAGUAACGAUGCGGCGAACUACUACCUGGCCGUCGCGGAUAAUCGAUGUGCAGUAGCUUCGAGCACCGGUCUCUGGGUGUACACCUUCGACGUUACAGAUCGCUUGCAGAGCGCGCCCCCUCGCCGCAUGGGUAAAGUCGAACCCGGACCUCUUGCGCCCUUCCUUAACAUGGGCGUUUCUGCGACCCACCCGUGGCGAAGAGACGACGAUGAAGACGAAGAGGAUGACGAUGACCCCGAAGGGGCUCUUCCGCGCGUCAGCUGCCUACAGCUUACAGACCGACGUAUCUUCUUCUCCUGGGAUACGGCAAGUCACAGUGUGCCUCUAUACUCGGGGCCGCCGUUCCCACCGGGUAUAGGUCGCGGGGGUGCAAGAGUCAGCGAGCCGGGGUCGUUUUCCUCAGCUUCAAUUCAGGACAUGGAUGAUGGUCAAGACGAUCCUGGCCCGCCCGGCAUCGACGACGGAGUUGCGGAAAUGGCCCUGAUUCCAUGGGGUCCGCAUGCCGAGUUGGGGUGCAUUGACUUAUCUCUUAUUCCCAAGCCCAAGUAUGUGCAUAUGCCUCCGCAUAUACGCGCGAUGAUGGGGGGAAGACGCGGAUGA